UGAAUGUGGAAACACCGGCGGCCCGCCACGUUUCGCCAGUCUUGUUAGUUGUUCACUCGUCAGUAAUUUCAUAGCUUCUUAUCCAUUUACGCGUGAUCCAGAUAAUAACUUAAAAUGAGUGCUCCAGCACCAGCUCCUGUUCAGAAAAUAGGGAUAGUAAAGCAGGUAUUAUCGGGAGACACUAUCGUAAUAAGAAAGCAGCCGAGAGGCGGGCCUCCUCCAGAGAAAGUGAUAGCCCUGUCGGGCAUCACGGCGCCCAAACUCGCUCGCCAGCGCACUGCCAACAAUGAUGUGGAGUCAAAAGAUGAACCUUUUGCAUGGGAGGCGCGUGAGUUUCUAAGAAAGAAGCUGGUUGGAAAAGAAGUCGUUUUUACGUCUGAAAAACCUAAUAACUCUACAACUAGAGAGUAUGGGUCUGUGUGGACAGGAAAAGACGCCACUAAAGAUGAGAAUGUGACUGAAGCUCUACUUGCUGAAGGAUUGGCGAAGGUCAGAGAAGGCGGGAGAAAUAUCCCUCAGCUGAAGAAGCUUGUUGAUAUUGAAGAUAUUGCCAAAUCACAAGGCAAAGGCAUUUGGGGCUCUGAUAUCAAUGGGCAUGUCCGAGAUAUCAAAUGGACCAUUGACAACCCGAAGCAGUUUGUGAACAAGUACAAUGGGCAACCCAUCAAAGCCAUCAUUGAGUAUGUCCGCGAUGGCUCCACUGUCAGGGUAUGCUUGCUGCCUGAUUUCCAUCAGAUCACCUUGAUGCUGUCUGGAAUUAGAUGCCCUGCAGUAAAACAAGACGGUGAUUCGGAGCCCUAUGCAGAAGAAGCUCGUUUCUUCCUCGAGUCUCGACUCCUACAGAAAGAUGUGGAAGUGAUUCUGGAGUCUGUGAACAACAACAACUUCGUCGGCACCAUCCUGCACCCGCAGGGCAACAUCGCUGAGGCUCUGCUGAGACAGGGCUUCGCCAGAUGUGUCGACUGGUCACUCGCUGUUAUGAAAUCAGGUGCAUCGACGCUGCGAGCCGCCGAGCGCGCCGCCAAGGAGGCGAAGCUCCGCAUGUGGACCAACUACGUGAGCAACGCGCCCGUCAUCGCCGCCAAGGACAAGGAGUUCACGGCCACCGUGCUCGAGGUGGUCAACGGCGACGCGCUUGUCGUCAAGCUGUCCAACAACACCUCCAAGAAGAUAUUCCUGGCCAGCAUCAGGCCCCCGCGCGAAAAGAACAGUGCAGAUGAAGAGGGUAAACCAUCAAUCAGGCCGAAGGGUUUCAAGCCACUGUAUGAUAUCCCCUGGAUGUUUGAGGCUCGUGAAUUUUUGCGAAAGAAGCUCAUUGGCAAGAAAGUUACUGUGACUGUAGAUUACAUUCAGCCGGCCAAGGACAACUUUCCUGAAAAAACAUGUUGCACCGUUCAAGCCAGUGGAAUGAACAUUGCAGAAGCUCUAGUAAGUAAAGGCUACGCAACAGUGGUGAGGUACAGCAAAGACAACGACCAGAGAAGCUCCCACUACGACAAACUGCUCGAAGCGGAACUUAAAGCUCAGAAGGCAGGAAUCGGCAUUUACGCUAAAAAGGAUAUCCCGGCCCAUCGCAUACAAGACACGAGCGGCGACUCUGCGAAAGCUAAAAAAUUCUUCCCCUUCCUAAAGAGAGCCCAGAAAACAGAGGCCACAGUCGAAUUCGUGGCGAGCGGUUCCAGAAUGAGAAUAUACAUUCCUAAAGAAUCUGUUGUAGUGACAUUCCUGCUGGCCGGCAUCAGCUGCCCGCGCGGCGCGCGUCCCACGGCGGGCGGCGGCACGCAGGAGGCCGAGCCCUUCGGCGAGGAGGCGCUGCUCUACACCAAGGAGAAGUGUCUGCAGCACGACGUCGUCGUCACCAUCGAGGAGAUGGACAAGGCCGGCAACUUCAUCGGCUGGCUGUGGGUGGACCACGACAACCUGUCCGUGUCGCUCGUCGAGCACGGCCUGGCCUCCAUGCACCACACGGCCGAAAGCUCCGAGUUCGCUCGCGCCAUCAAGACCGCCGAAGAGAACGCCAUCAAAAAACGAAUCGGUAUCUGGAAAGAUUAUGUUGAAGUAGAGAAGGAAAUCGAGAAGGAGAAGAACGCUCCAGUGCAGGACAGAACCGUCAAAUACGACAAAGUGAUCAUCACCGAAAUUACACCGGAAGGCCACUUUUACGCACAAAAUAUUGAAAAUGGUGCAAAAUUGGAAGCUUUAAUGGAUAAAAUUCACCAAGAGUUCAAAGCGAAUGCGCCUUUACCAGGGUCUCUCGUACCCAGGAGGGGCCAAGUUUGUGCGGCACUAUUUUCUCUAGAUAACCAGUGGUACAGAGCCAAAGUAGAAAAGAUCACUGAAGACAAAAAGGUUCAUAUAUUCUUCAUUGAUUAUGGAAACAGAGAGGUGAUAAACUACUCCCGGCUGGCGAUCCUGCCCUCGGGCACGGAGUCGGACCCGCCGUACGCGAGCGAGUACUCGCUGUGCUGCGUCAAGUUCCCCGCCGACCCCGACGACCGGCUCGAGGGCGUGACCGCCUUCUCCAUGGACACGCUCAACAAGAAGCUGCUGCUCAACGUGGAGGCGCGCGGCGCGCCCGCCGCCGUCACGCUCGUCGACCCCGCCACCAACGUUGACGUCGGCAAAAACCUGAUAAAGGAGGGUCUAGUGUUAUUGGACGCCGUGCGCGACCGGCGACUGGCGACCCUGGUGAGCGAGUACCGCGCGGCGCAGGAGCACGCCAAGAGCUCGCGGCUCAACCUGUGGCAGCACGGCGACAUCACCGAGGACGACGCUGUGGAGUUCGGCGCGCGCCGCUAGCGCGCCCGCCCCGCCCCGUUCCUCCACA